UUUGGUUACCUGUGCAUUUUGCCGAUUGGCUUUUGAAAAUUGGAAUUUGAUUAUUCAAUCAGCCCAAGGUUAGUCGCGCACUGGACUCUGUUUUCUCGCAUGGACAACUGGGACCAAAGAAAGUGCAGGCAUGGCAUCUGGUGGUGAUUGAAGCUGAGUGAAAUCAUUUGCAACAGAGAAGGAGGGAAGUGAAGAGGGCGCGAAUGAAAGAGGAUAAUUAGAGUACUAGUGUACAGUGAAUGGAUUUGUCGGUACCAUGUUCAGGUUCAAGAGUAGCCAGCCAAACGCCGUUGGGAGUAAUCCAAUAUGGGAAGAAUUUGUAGCAUCAAAGCAAGCACCAAGCGCCACCGCGGGACCGGAACACGUCUGGAGGAUCUUUGAUGCAUACAGAAAGAGCGACGGACAGGAGGCAUCAGUAUUUCUUUUUGAAAAACGCUCAGUGGAAAAAUUUCAUAAACCGAAGCACAAGGAGCACGUUGCAGACAUUCUCCGAAGAUGUCCAAAAAACCUCGAGGAGUUCAGGCAUCCAAAGUUACUCCAAGUAAUUCAUCCCGUGAAGGAAUGCUCGGAAACUCUGGCAUUUGCCACUGAACCAGUGCUGGGCAGCCUCGCUAAUGUUUUGGCUUACGUUGAACAGCAGGCCGCUGUGGCCGCAGCUAAUUCUGCAAAUUCCUCAUCAGCUCACCCCAAUGCAAACUACCACACUGGCCAAAAUCCCCAUCAAAAUCCACCGGGACAUCGACCAGUUCUCGUUAAGAAAUACGAGAUGCAUGCCAUAGAAAUAAAAUACGGUCUAUUGCAGAUCACUGAGGCCCUCUCUUUUCUCCACUGCAGUUGCAAGGUCAUGCACAGGAACGUCUGUCCAAGCAGUAUUAUUAUAACAAAGAAGGGAACGUGGAAAUUGUGUGGCCUCGAAUUCAUUGAACGAACAACUAAUGAGAGCGGCCUAGAACCCGUAUCCUGCAACUCGUGGACCCACAAAGUUUCCAAGAUCGUUCAGCCGAACCUCGAUUAUAUUGCCCCGGAAAUUCAACAGAACAAGGUAUGCAACGUCCUGAGUGAUAUGUUCAGUCUUGGAAUGAUAAUGGCAGCAAUUUACAACGACGGAAAGUCCCUUAUUCAAGCGAAUCACAGUACUUCUGAUUACGCUAAGCAGGUUGCAAAUCUGCCUGAACAAGUAGACAAAGUACUUAGCAGAGUGCCCUUACCCCUUCACGAGGCCGUCUCAAGGCUGCUUUAUAAAGACCCCGAGGCGCGACCCAUCGCCAAGCAUCUCUCUCUUAUCAAAUACUUUAGUGAUCCAUCCGUUCACGCGCUCCAGUUUCUCGACGUGAUAAACAUGAAAGACCCGAAUCAAAAAUCUCACUUCUACAGAAAUACCCUGAAGGAAGUACUUCCAUUUAUACCACGGAAAUUGUGGUACCAGCACAUCUGGCCUUAUCUCCAAGCUGAGUCUAAAUCCCAGGAGGUAUUUGCAUCGGUGCUGCAGCCAAUGCUAUUUAUCAUACAACAGAGUCCCCCCGAGGAUUACCAAAACAUCAUAUUACCUUCAUUCAGAGAAUUAUUCUCAACACCAAGAUCAAUCCAGGGUACAGUUGUACUAUUAGAAAAUCUUCACGUUGUUUUUGAAAAAACACCCCCAGACGUUAUACGCGGAGAAAUGCUACCAAUGCUGUACUCUUCAUUUGAAAGCCCCAAUAUUCAGAUACAAGGGGCUGCAUUCAAGGCUGUUACGAAGGUCAGUGAAUACCUCGAGGACGCAACACUGAGAAAAAUUGUUCUACCAAAAUUAAUGAAUGCAUUUGAGAAUAGUUCAACUGACUCGCGAAUUCUGACGAGUUGUCUCUCAAGGAUUCUCGAGACACUUGAUACCCAGCAAAUUGUUGAUGAAGUUUAUCCAUUACUCUGGGAUAUCAAGCUACAGCAGCCUGACGCCAUAGCACGGGUUGUAACAAUUUAUAGACUCUUGUUGAGCAACAAGAAGUUUGGACUUACGAUAAACAUAAUAGCAACCAAGGUGAUGCCACUCCUACUCCCAGCAACAGUUAAUCCGUCCCUUAAUCUCGAGCAAUUCCAAACGCUGAUUGAACUCCUUCAAGGCAUGCUCAGUCGCAUCGAAAGUACUCAAACGAACAAGCUGAAGCUCUCCCUCUCCAGUCCCGAGCGACAUCGACCACUCAGGCAUCAGUUCAGCACCGAAAACAUGCAUGUGCCACCCUUCAAUAUACCCGGGUUGAGGAUCGAGCAGAGGAAAACAUCAUCAGCGGAGGACAUGGCCAGAAAGAAUUCCAUAGGCUCAAUGUCGAUGACAGCAUCAGCGGAAAACAUGACGCAGCGCAAGAACUCCAUGACCAAUAUGAUCUCAAAUUGGUGGUACUCGUCAUCGUCGUCGGCCAGAGACGGCACCUUCCUGAGUGUCGGCAGUGCCUUCCCCAGUCGUCGACUGUCCGACAAUACUCUAAUGACACCGAAGAUCCGCAUUGCACCAUCCUGCUCCAGUUCCCCAGGAGGUACCCCGGGUGGUGGCCUGCCAAUUAGACGUCACUCUAGUACAGGACCACAGGAACGUCGUGGCUCCAACGUCAAUCUGUCACCUCCGACUGGUGGAAUGCCAACGACCAGCAGCAGUGUACCCUACCUCCUCAGCUCAAGCAUGACAAGUAUCCGAAAUUCCCGAAGACCAUCAGUCUCAUCGACGACGUCACAGCAGGGAUCUGGCCUACUCCAGCAAUUUGGCACCGGCAUGAGUCAACGGGCUAAUUGGGAUUACUAUCACCCUGAUGAUGAUACGUCAACGAAUCCAGUAUCAAUCGUCGUUACAAUCGACGGACCAUCAACGAUCGAACAGAUGCGGGCGCAAUAAUAUUAAUUUACCAUUAUCUUUUAUUUCAGUAAUUUUAGUUUCUCUAAUUGUAUCUUGUACAUACGUUUUAUUUACAUCUCAAAGAAUAGGCCUCGAGUAUUUUUAUUUAAUUUUAUAAAAAGAGUAAUACGGUGCUGCGCGCCUCAUUAUUUUAAGAUUUAAUGAAUGAAAGAAACGAAAGCGAAGAAAGUACAUUUAAAAAUCCAGACCAAAUGAAGAACCGAGGAGGCGUGCUUUUAAGGGACGAUAAAAGAUAAUUAAAUCUCGGUUUUUAGAGAAGAAUAUAACAUGUGAAACGCCACACACAUAUUCUCGGCCUCGUCCAAAGAUAUUUUUUGUGAAUGAUAAAUGUAGGUAAGAUACCGUAGUAUUUACUCGGAAAACUGCCGGGGCAAGCACUCUGGCAAUCCACUGAGAAUCCAAAUAAUUGAAAACAAAAAAAUUGUGAAGAAAAAUCCUACAAAUCUAAAACGAAAAAGGCCAGCCUCUUGAAAUAACAUCUUGUCUCGUCUUGUCUCGAUGUGAAUCGUCAAUUUAUGUAACUUUCAAUUAAAACUGCAUUAACAAUCACUAUUUAUUAAGAUUAGAUUUUGUACUAGCGAAGAUCGUGCACAAAUCAAAUCGAUGGCUGAUAAACCGAGUGAGUUUAAAAGAUAAAUAAAUCCAUUUUCCCUGAGGAUAAAACUUAACAUCGAACGAUCGCCGGUGGUGAACGAUCUGAAUUUUUAGCUGAUGAUCCAGGUAAUUUUUUGCCACAUUUUAGCCACUUAAUUGAAGACAGAAAAAAUGUCACAAUCAUAAUUUCAAUCUAUUUACCUACUACGUAUAAAAAAUUGCACACAUUACUAUACAAAUUCUCAAAACAAAGAACAAACAUAUUCAGUUAAAGAAGCGUGUCGUUAUAUGUGUAAAAUUCCUCUUCACUGUGAUACUCUAUAAUCUGUCGUAUACGUGAAAGAAUAAAAGUGAGAGAAGGAAAACGAGGGAUGAAAAGAAGGGAUGAGAAAUAAAAAAGAGCACAAACAAGAUUGGUGUUCCACGUCAUCGCGUAUGGUUCGAGUUCUUCAGUCGAUGCUUCUGCACCUUACUCCACUGGCCUUUUACUUCGAUCAAUCAAUCAUACGUAACACAAAAGAGAAACAAAUCAAAGUGCAAGGAAAACUGUGAAGAUGAUUACGAAUGGUUACAGAUGAGAAGAAAAUAUAUGAAGAAUAAAAAAAAUCACGCGCAUAUAAUGAGGUCAUUUGUUGACCGAUUUUUGUACCUGGAAUUCAUAAAUAGAGACAAUUUAUUUAUCUACUGGUAUUAAAAGGGAAGAAAAAACCACUGUAUUAUAGUCGAUGGCAUUUCAAUUUUUCGCACUCCGAGAAUUUUAAAGGCAAUUAAUAAACGUCGAUAAAUCAUUGAAAACUCCAGACAUCAAAUAUAUAUAUUAUUAAAGGAAAAAAGGUGCAGGUCGCCGUCUAUUUAAUACACGAUCGUUUCAUCGAAAAAAUUAAGGAAUAAAAUAAAAUGAAGAGGUACAGUUUGUGUGUACAACGGGGAAAGUGAGCAUAAGAUAAUCAUCAAAUUAAUCAGAGUUACAAACUUAAUUAGCCAUAAUUGCGUAAAAUGAUGAAAAUCUAACAGAAAAAAAAAUAUUCCGUAAAUUUUUUGUGUCUCUAUUUUAAGACUACGAAAUUAAGUGUCCUUAAAAUUUAAGCGAUCAAAAUUGAUUAAUGAAUUAAUGACAAAUCAAUACUAGAGCGUUUGGAGUCGAUCAUGAAGGACUGAUGAACAAUUGAAAGUUUAAAUGGGAGAAUGAAUUAGUGACAAUCAGCGACAAUCAAUCGAAUGAAACGUGAAAAUUAUAAUGAUCGAUGUACCAAACGCUUUGAGAAGUACAAUCGUCGUUUUGUCCCCCUAAAUUCAGCACCAAAUGUGUGUACUUUAGGCAUCAGACAAUCGAAUAAUACAUGUGAACCCGCCCGUUCUCCAAUAAAUAUUAUAUUAAGCCGAUGAGAAGAAAUGGAAUGGGAAUCACAAUCAAACGAAAGAGAAGUUGAGGGAAAUGUUGACACUCUGUUAGUUGAAUCGAUAUUUUAAUUCAGUCAAACUUUAAAGAGAAGAACAAUCUAUUAAAAUGAAUUUUAAAAAAUACUCAAGAAAAGGAGUGCCAAUGUAAUAUUUGAGGGAUCGUAAAUUUUCGACUUCUCGCAAGUGUGUUUAAGGCACCAUUAUUGGAAGAAAGAGAAAAUAUCUAUCAUUAUGUGUAUAGUAAACCAUUAAACCUCACGAUAAUCUUUAUCUUUACAUCAAUUUUUCGCUUUCUAUCUUAUUGAGUCUUUACAUUUGAAAUUUAAUGAAGAAAGGGCGCAUAGAGUAUGAGAAGAAAAAUAAGUAGAUUUAAUGAAAGUUCAACGUUACCUUAUCAAUCAGUAAACAUCGGGCAUACAUUUUCGUAUGUAAUGAAGUUAAACAACAAAAGAAUCCCAAGAGCAAAAAAAAGAAGAGAAAAACAUAAUGAAAAAAAUGUCAAAUGUGAAGCUCUUCACCUCACAUCCUACGAAAAUGGUCUAUAUUUUUCACAGACUUCCCGCAGAUACUACAUGGACUACUUUGAGAAGAAUUGUAUUUUAACGAGAGAAAAAAAAUGGAAAAACCCCCCCAAUUAAAGAGGAAAAUAAUCACAAUUUUAAUGAUCUUUUUUCGUUGGUUCGGCAAUAAAAUCCCCUGACUGUGUAGUUACAACCACAACACGCGUCUAGAGAUGUAUAGAUAAAAUACAGUAAAUGUAUGAUAUCAAAAAUAAAUGUGGGAAAUGACAAA